AUGAAAGUACUAGACACCCUUGGUAAUACUGAGAGAAAGAUUGCAAUUGGUAUUGGUAAUGAUACGCCAUUCGCGUGGAAAGCUGAUGGAGUAUAUUUCCGUUCUGGUACAUCUGAUGACGUUCUUCCAGCUUGUUUGAGUUCAAAAGAAGCCGCCGUCUUCCCAGCGAGGAAAACCUCCGGUCUUGUUGCAACUGGGGCAGUAGGUGUACUUUGCUAUUACAUCCCUGAUAAAAAAGUCCCGGUGUGUUUUGUUCAGUGUAACAUUUGAUUACAAUUUGUACUCCAAUUGGUAGGACGUGAAGGAGUUCUCGGGUAAAAAAUCGCACAACCAUCAUGUGGUAACCUAUACAAAGGUGACAACAGGUGAGCUUGACGUGAAUAAUUCGUCGUGUGAUGAAUGA